AUGAAACUUGCUCUCUGUCGCCUGUGAGGAGCCUCUCGCUGCAUGGACAGAUUCCUCUCCUCCACAGGUUUUUGAUCACUUCAGGUUAUCAUGGGGAUCAAGGCUCCGCGCACUCGGUGCUUCUUCGAUGUUGGCAUCAGUAACGUGCUCGUUGGCAGAGUUGUGGUGGAGUUGUUUUCAGACAUCUGUCCCAAAACAUGUGAGAACUUCAGAUGCCUCUGCACAGGUGAGAAAGGCGUCGGUAAAGGAACUAUGAAACCUCUGCACUACAAAGGAUGUCUGUUCCACCGUGUUGUGAAAGACUUCAUGAUUCAAGGGGGAGACUUCAGUGAAGGCAAUGGAAAAGGAGGUGAAUCCAUCUAUGGAGGCUUUUUUGAAGAUGAAAGCUUCGCUGUUAAACACAACAAGGAUUAUCUCCUGUCUAUGGCCAAUAGAGGCAAAGAUACAAAUGGAUCCCAGUUUUUCAUAACAACAAAACCUUCACCUCAUCUGGACGGAGUCCAUGUGGUUUUUGGUCAUGUGAUCUCUGGCCAAGAGGUGGUUCAAACCAUGGAGAACCAGAAAACAGAUCCUAACAGCAGACCCUAUUCAGACGUGAAAGUUUUGAACUGCGGAGAGCUGGUCCCUAAAUCUAAAUCUAAAGGUGCAGCCAAGAAGGAGGAAAAAAAGAGAGCGAGAGCCUCCAGUUCUAGCAGCAGCUCCAGCGACUCUGAAAGCUCCUCAGAUUCCUCCUCUGACUCUGAAGAGUCCGAGAAAGAAUCCAAAAAGCGGAAAAAAAAGGCAAAGAAGCUAAAAAAGAAACAGAAGAAGAAGGACAAGAAAAGGUCAGAAGCUGAAAGUGCUGAAGAGAAGGAACAAGAGGAGACGGUUACAUCUACUGUACGUCCUGAAGAAAUCCCGCUCAUCCCAGAGAACCGGUUCCUCAUGAGAAGAAGUCCACAGGCCGCCCAAAAGUCGAAUGAGGGGGCUGACAAGGAUCAGCGACAUAAAGAGGAAAGGCCGAGAGAGAGUUCUAGCAGAACAUAUGAUUCUCAGUCAGCAUACAACAGAAGACUGGUGAUGACAAGAUCUGGCAGGAAAAUCAAAGGCAGAGGUCCUAGGAGGUACCGGACACCGUCUCGUUCAAGGUCCGGCGACCGUUUUCGGCGAAGUGAAACUCCUCCUCACUGGCGUCAAGAGCUGCAGCGUCAGAGGAUGAGAGCAGUCACUGGAGAGCGCUGGAUUAAGGGUGACAGAGGUGAUAUGAAUGAAGCCAAGGAUGAAGCUGCUAAAGCACCAAGAAGAGAGCGUGAAAAAACCGCUGAGGGUAAAAAAGACAAGAAAAGUCGGUCACAUAGAUCCAAAAGCAAAGAGGAAGAAAUGGCUGAGGAUGAGAAGCAUAGCAAACACAGGGCAAAGAAACACGAUAAAUCUCCAAGUCGUAGUAAAAGCAGAGAGAGGAGUAGAAGGUCAAGAAGCAGAGAUAAGGGUCACAAGCACAAAAGUGAUGACAGGAGAGGUCGCUCAAGGAGCAAAAAUCGAAACAGUGACAAGAAAGAAAAAGAAUCUGAAACUGAUCGUAGUAAAGAUAAAAACAAGAGCCACGAGUCUGACGAAAAACAUAAAGAGGACUCAAAAGGAAGAAAUGGUGAGGGAACUAGAGAAAAGUCAAAAAGCAAGGAAAGAACAACCUCAAAAGAUGGCCAUAGAUCGAGUAGCAAAAGCAGGAAUAGACAUGGAUCUUCACCGUCAAAAGACAAAGAAGAAAAACGAGAGAAAGACGGAGAGAGGGGCAGGGAACAUAGCAGGAGUAAGGAAAGACAACGCACCAAUGAGAGAGAGAACAAGAGGAGAGGAUCAUCCAGGGAUAGGGAACGUCGUACAAGAAGUCCAGACAGGAAUAAGACUAAAGACUCUCACAGAAGCAGGCGCUCCAGAAGUAAGAGUAAUAAGAGUGAUCACAGCAAGGACCAAUCAUCUCAUAGAAGAGACAAAGCAGCCGCCAGUCAAAGGAGAAGACGUAGCAGCUGCUCCGAGAGUGACAGAAAUGAGAAAAGUCAAAAGAGACCAGAGUCCAAGACGAGACCAAAAAGUAAAUCUAAAUCUAAAGACAGAAAAAGUCCAGAUAGAUCCAGAUCAAGACCAGAUAGUACAAAAGGCAAAGACAGAAAGGACAGCAAGAGGAACAAAUCGAGUUCAAGCUCCAGCUCUGACAGCGACUGACCCUGUGACAGUAGCCUAAAGGAACAGAAAUCUGGUUUGUCUUCAUUUUAUACCCUCUAGAGACACAUGCAGCUGUUAAACUACAGUGGAACAUAUUCACAUUCCUCAUUCAUUGCAAAAAACUUAAAAUCAGUAAAGAAAAUUAUUUUCAAAACACUUUUGAAAGCAGGACAAGCCCUAAGGGGGAAUUCUGGUAUUUCUUUUUACCAGGUUCCUGUUUAUAUAUGUGGCAGUGUAAAUGAAUGGUACUUUCUAACUUGCUGUUCGGUAGGUUGACGGCAGCCACAACAUGGCAGCCGUGGCUACAAGGUAAUCCUUUGGCGUAACAGCAACGGUCCAUGAAAAGUCCACUAAGAGUGCUUUAUUUCACUAUAAAGGCUUAAAUUAGUAGGGAGUCGGUAACAUCUUCAUAGUCCACACCAGGAUUCAGCCAUAGUUUCAGUAAAAUAUAAACUCCUCUCUCCAAUGCUCACUCACAUUUCUACUUCCGUCUUGCUACAGCAACCAAUGUCUCGUGAGACUUCUUGUUUAGCACAUGUGUAAUCUUGUCGCACUCUUUGCAAAGACCCAGAAUAUGUUGAGCCUUUGAUUGAUAGAAGUGUAAAUUUUGCGGACUGCCGCAGUUACCCCAUAACAUAACAUUGAAGACUCUGCUGUUGUGUUGUUGCUCCUAGUGGGGGGGGGGGGUUUAUUGGACCAAUUCCAAAAAUGUUUGUAACCUUUCAUUUCUAGGGUCCUGAGUCAAAAAUGCCGGAAUUCCCCUUUUUAAACAAGAGAGCAGAAGAGUCAAACAAUAAACAAAACGGGAAACAUUUAACUGCUUAAACUUGUAAUUACAAACUGAGGCAUCACAUAAAAUUUGGCUGAACUGUUUGGCUCUGAAUGGGGAUUUUGAAUUCAUUAUAUCUCACUUUUGAUGGUUAGCUGAAGCUGCACGGCUGUUUAAAGAGAAGGACUUGAGACUGAAAAAGAAACUAGAAUUACUACCAGAUUUUAUUUUAAUUGUACAUGACCAGAGGAAGUUGGGUUGAAUUUUUUUUUAUCUUGUGUUUUUUUGGGGUCAAUUUUGGAUUACUUGGUUAAAAAUGUUUUGGCUUAUCAUUUCAGGCUGUAAAAAAUUUGAUAAAUUGAGAUUUUACUACACAGAUCCUCACAAACUCUUUUCCCCUGAUGAUAUAUUGUACUCAAAUUUGUUUUAAUAUUAUUUAAAGCUGUUGGUUUUGGGGAGGACUACCCUCUGCCAAAUUUGGGAAAUGACUGCUGUUCAAGUUAUUUUCACCACACAGUUAGUCAGGAAAAGCCCACCUGAAACUACUUGCAUGUGUGCUUAGCCCUAACAACAAUGGGUAAAAUCUCUUUUUUGUUGUUGUGCAUCCACAACUGAUAACUGACUGUGUGAUUUCUCUGGAUUGUGUUUUGUUUUCUUUCCUUUUUUGCGUUCAUUGAAGAAAUGUCAUUAUGAUGCUGUAAGUACAAUAUAAAAUCAGUUUGUAUAAUUGUGUUUUGUGCAAGUUGGUUUCAAGUACUCGACUACGGUGUAGAAUGAUUAAAGUGCUCAAUUUGGAUUUUAA